AUGUCGAUAAUAAAGAUCGAGUGGGAGUGAUUUUCGAUUGUUUACUGUUUACCAUUUGUUUAUGAUAUUAUAUAAUUACUGUAAUAAUUUUUAUUGAAUUACUUUUAAAAAUUAAGUUACUUUAAUUUAUACUAUUGUAUCAACUGUCCAAUUAUAUCAUUGUUAUCUGGGUAAAAGCUUAUAAUGGGAAAUGAGAAGAAAGUGGCCCGGAGGAGUAGAAGCAGAGAAAGAGACCGAGAUAGAGAUAGUCGACUAGAUAGAGAUAAUAGACCUGAUAGAGAUAGAGACCGACGGGACAGGGAUCGCGACCGAAGAAGAUCGAGAAGCCGAUCCAAAGAGCGCAGGAAGGAGUUCAAGAAAGAGAGAGACAGAGCAAGGUCUCGCAGCAGGAGCCGAGACAGAGACAAAGAUAGGCAUGGAGGCUACAGAGAUCGACGGGCAUCGCCUGUAUCAGAUCGUAAUUCUGGAUUAAAAAAAGUAGAUGAUGAUUUUAUUCUGAAAAAAGAAGAGCCUCUAGAUGAGGAAGACGAUGUGAAACCAGUAAAAAAGGAGCCACUCUCAUUAGAAGAGCUACUUGCAAAGAAACAAGCCGAAGAAGCUGCUCGCAGCAAGCCUAAAUUUCUCACCAAAGAAGAGAGGGCAGCUGAAGCUCUGAGGAAGAGGCAGGAAGAAGUUGCAAGCAUCAGACAGAGACAAGAUGAAGAGAGGAAAAAACGUGAUGAUUUUGCACGUGAAGCCAAUAGUAAAACUAUGGAAGAAUCAAGACGUGGUGAAGAUUAUAGGAGACAACGAGAGCGAAACAACGAAGAAAAAGAAGUAACUAAAGAUAAAGAGAAAGAAGGAGAAGCUAUCAAAGAAAGAUACUUGGGUAUUAUAAAAAAGAAGAGGAGAGUCAGGAGAUUGAACGACAGAAAGUUUGUAUUUGAUUGGGAUGCUUCAGAAGAUACUUCGGUUGAUUACAACCCGUUAUACAAAGAGCGACAUCAGGUGCAAUUCUUCGGUAGAGGUAAUGUAGCUGGAAUAGACAUUAAAGCUCAGAAAAGGGAUCAGUCGAAAUUCUACGGAGAAUUGCUCGAAAAGAGAAGAACUGCAGCUGAAAAAGAACAAGAAAAGGUACGAUUGAAAAAGGUGAAGAAAAAAGAAGAAAAACAGCGAUGGGAUGACAGGCAUUGGUCUGAAAAGGCGCAGGAUGAGAUGACAGAAAGAGAUUGGCGUAUUUUCCGUGAAGAUUACAGUAUCACAAUCAAAGGUGGAAAAAUUCCUGAUCCCAUUCGUAGUUGGAAGGAGUCGAGCAUUCCUGCCGAAAUAUUGGAAAUCAUCGAUAAAGUGGGCUACAAAGAUGCUACGCCAAUCCAGAGACAAGCUAUACCGAUUGGCCUACAGAACCGAGACAUUAUUGGUGUGGCCGAAACUGGGUCCGGUAAGACGCUUGCUUUCCUCAUUCCUCUCAUCAUGUGGAUUCAGUCGCUCCCGAAAAUCGACAGAAUGGAGGAUGCCGAUCAGGGUCCUUACGCCAUAAUUCUAGCUCCCACUCGAGAGCUGGCUCAGCAGAUUGAAGAAGAAACAAACAAAUUCGGACAGCCGCUUGGCAUUCGAACAGUGGUCGUUGUCGGUGGUCUCUCCAGAGAAGAACAAGGUUUCCGGCUGCGAAUGGGUUGUGAGGUUGUUAUUGCUACACCAGGUCGUCUCAUAGAUGUGCUUGAGAACAGAUAUUUGGUUUUGAACCAGUGCACUUAUAUAGUACUGGAUGAAGCUGACCGUAUGAUAGACAUGGGCUUUGAACCAGAUGUACAAAAGAUCUUGGAUUACAUGCCGGUUACAAAUUUGAAGCCAGAUAAUGAAGAUGCUGAAGAUGAAGCGAAACUACUAGCCAAUUACAAUUCCAAAAAGAAGUUCAGACAAACGGUGAUGUUCACGGCGACUAUGCCACCGGCGGUGGAGCGGCUGGCACGCACAUACCUGCGCCGACCGGCCGUCGUCUACAUCGGGUCGAUCGGCAAGCCGACUGAGCGCACCGAGCAAAUCGUCUACAUGGUCACCGAACAGGACAAGCGUCGCAAACUCAUGGAGAUACUCAGUCGCGGCGUCGAGCCGCCCGUCAUCAUUUUCGUCAACCAGAAGAAGGGCGCGGACGUGCUCGCGCGUGGCCUCGAGAAACUUGGCUACAACGCGUGUACACUGCACGGUGGCAAAGGACAGGAGCAGCGAGAGUACGCGCUGGCCAGCCUCAAGUCGGGCGCCAAGGACAUGCUGGUGGCCACAGACGUGGCGGGUCGUGGUAUCGACAUCAAAGACGUCUCCCUCGUCAUCAACUACGACAUGGCCAAGACUAUUGAAGACUACACACAUCGUAUUGGUCGAACUGGUCGCGCUGGCAAGCACGGAGUGGCCAUCUCGUUCCUGACGAAGGAAGACUCGGGCUUGUUCUACGACCUGAAGCAGACCAUACUGGGCAGUCCGAUAUCGACCUGUCCACCGGAGCUGCUCAACCACCCCGACGCCCAGCACAAGCCCGGAACUGUCCUUGUCGCCAAGAAGAGAAGAGAGGAGAAAAUAUUCGCAUAAAUGUACUCUAGCUCUACGCCUAUAUUCUAAUAUUAAUGUCACUUAUUAAUUAAAAUCGUCAUAAGUUUCGAUAUUUCAA